CGCCAUAGGAAAUUAGUUUGAUCCUUCAACAACUUUAACCUCCCGAUUUAAGUUCAAAUAAAGUAUCAACGUUGCAGGCGUGAUUUGGCCGUGUUUAGGUUGUUUAUUUUGCAGAGUAACCCAUGAAGAGGACCCAUACAGUGUCAGUCAUCGGAUUUCUACAGAAUACACAUAAAGUCACCUCGAUAUGUUUUCUCAGUAACAUACAUGAUAUGCACCGAGAAGGCCUACAGCAACAACACGGCAGUGUAUGCACAUUCAUCUCACCCCUCGCCUCCGGCAGCAGCAUGGUGGCAUAGACUAUAUUAUAGGUAGGAUGCAGCCUGUGAGAGAUUGGAUAUCCUCUCCUCCAGGACACAUACAGUAAGAGGGCCAGUGACAAUUCACCUUGUCUGAAGCUGAAAACAAAAGAACAUAAAUUGACAAGACUUUUUCAGGUGAACUCUGAGAUUUUAACAUACAGAGAUGCACAUGGGUUUAAAAUACACCCAUAGAUUAAAUAGAGAAACUGAAAUGUGGUCUUUUUUGUUUUUUUAUUGUUGAUUAAUUGUUCACUUCAUUUUCAAGCUUUAUCGAGAAAGUAAUAGUAAUAUUUCAAAUAAUGUGUUAAUGUGAAAAACAUAUAUACUUUUCAGUUUCCUGAAGCCCAAAUGAACAUCUUCAACUUACUUGUUUUGUGCGACCAACAAUCCACAACACAAACAUAUUCAGCUUUGUGUAUGCUUAGAUUUGUGUUGAUCAGCUAGUAAUGUGUUGACUUAUAAUUUCAACAGUUAUAGUGUACUGCAAGUACCACUUCACCUUUAUCUUAUUCUGCUGCAUGCACCCCCAUCCCGUUUACAAACCUGUUUCAGUCUUAUUUCCAUAAUGCUGAGCGUGCAAUGUACCAGACAAAAACAUUAUGACAGAAAUGUACAGCCCUGCAUGGUUGGAAUAAAGCCAUCAACAGUUUUAAAGGUUCACCGGGCAUCUUUUGUCUUCUCACGCCGUGUGACCGCCUCCUCGUCACCGGCUCAGAGAACCAACGUCUGUGGUACACAUGCAGCCGAGCGGGCAAGAAGCUGCUGCAGCGCACGAGGAGUUGUGUUGCUGAGCACCUCAGGCUGCUGAGUCGGGACACUGGAAACUCGAUCUGUGCUAAAAAUAAAGAAACACCACCAGCAUAGCGAGAAAGGAGUUCUUCACAGGUUCAUGUCAAGUCCAACAUUUGGUCCAACAGCUAUUGCCUUAAGCUGCUCCAGCAGAAAUGAUUUGCCUCUUGACUCUUUUAGUUGUCUUCAAUCUUUUCGUGUCUCAGUGUCAUGGCGCCUGUGCGGAGGUGGACUCCAUGACUGAAGCCGUGGCGGGAGAAGGUUUCCUGCUGGGCUGCAUCUCCUGCAAGAGGAGAGAGGAGGUGUCGGCCCGGACCACCGUGGACUGGCACUUCAAACCGCUGGGGGAGGAGGAGUUCAGGCAUAUUUUCCACUAUGCCCACCCCAAUGCUGAAAUCCUCCAUGAAGAUUUCAGCGACCGCCUCGAGUGGCAAGGGACAAAAACCAGAGACAUCCAGAUAGGAGCCAUUUACAUUCAUAACGUCAUCUUCAAUGACACGGGGACGUACCGCUGCACAUUCAACCGCGUCCUCUCCCUGCGGCAGCACGAUGAGCACGUCACUGUGGAGAAGGAGGUGGAGCUCAACGUGGUGGCCGUAGCCAAUCGGGAGCUGAGAGUGGUGAUCGCGGAGAUUAUGAUGUACGUGGUGAUCGUGGUUCUGCAGCUGUGGCUCAUUCUGGUUCUGGUCUACUGUUACAAGAAGAUUUCGGAGGAGCGCGAAGCUCGAGAUGCCCGUAAAGCUCUCAAGGAUCAGGCAGCGCUGUUAGAAUCAAAAGAGAUCUGUGACGAAGUGCAGGUGGAGUGACCGGUUACCGCGCGGCAUCAGCACCUCCUCCUGCUCCCACUGCAGCAUGUGAACAUGUUCUUAACUUGAGACAACGCAACCACAACUUGAGUCACAACGGAUGAAGGAAACGAUCUACAAGCAAAUCUCAACAGUUGUUCGUGCCUGAUGUAUUUGGGCCGACUUGCUGUCAAAUAAAUACAUUAAAGCUAA